AUGGCGAUGGUUCAGAGCCCGCAGUAUCAGCAUUCAAUUCAGAUGCAACAAAGACUACCUCUGCAGCCUUGUGCAUAUCAAAAUGAAAUGGCCAAUUAUCAGGUAGUACACGAACCCUACGCCGCAUGGGAUAGGAAGGUUUACACAAACCUCCAAUCAACGCGAUAUGCUCCUUAUAAUGUGGAAGGUCGACGUCACGGCAGACCCCCAACUGCAUACAACGAGGGUCUCAUCCAGGCCACUCAGACCACAGUUCUCCCAGGAAGGCCUCCAAUGGGGUACGCCAUACGACCUCCAGCAGGUGUGGCCUACGAGACUCACCCCAAUGGGCAUUUCACUCCACCCGUGGCACAACAGAACAUCCCUCCUGGAUAUUAUCAGCAGGUGUCUGUACCAAUGCAGAUUCCACACAGUUCAUGUGAACCAAUAUUUCCACCUCCGACGGAAAUACCUCUCUUACAACAGCCUAGACAGUUGCCAUAUCAGCAACAAGUUAUUCCACCAAUCCACCCAGAAUACCUUCAACAGCAACAUCUGUAUAUGCAUAUUCCACACUAUUACCCAGAACAAACCUUGUGCGAUGGAGGCAGUCUAGUGGGUGCAAGGCAAGGAUUUAUCGAAACCACUCCAAAGAUGUUUCAGGAGCGACAAAUUAUGUCUACUCAGCGAUCGGAUCAACGUCUGGACUCGGAGAGGAAGAAAACAGCCAGAGCCGCGACACAACGCUUGAAGGCUUGGCUGAUGGAGCACAGCACAAAUCCCUACCCAACAAAAGCUGAAAAAUUGGCUCUUGCAGCCGAGACAGGCAUGACGUUUAAUCAGAUAUCCACAUGGUUUGCCAACGCUCGACGGCGACUGAAAAAGGAGAAUCGAAUGACUUGGUCGCCAAGAACAGGCGCAACAGAAUCGAGGCCAAGAGUACCGGAGAUAGUGCGUGGAGACAGCGACGGUCACAGUGACGGACGCUCAUCCAGUCAACUCGGCGAAGUCACAGAUGGUGAUCAAUCAAAUAGGAAUACGCUUGGCGACUCAUAUGCCUCAGAUGAGUCUCACACCUCUUUGUUUCAACAUUCGUAUCGUCUGCCUGCUUCGUCGACUGUGCUGCCCUUGCCCAAUUUGGGUCCGAGCCCACCGCGCCAAGAGGCGACAGGACUUAACUUUAGUGGAAAUGAUGAAAGUGGUGUGUUCUGUCAAUCCAACUUUUUUUACUAG